AUGCUUGAUAAAUAUAGUGCUUUAACUGAAACGGGGACAUGGGAUUUGGUUCCUAAACCUACGGGGGUGAACAUUGUCAAUUGUAUGUGGUUGUUUCGUCAUAAAUUCAAUGCUAAGGAUGAUCUUGAAAGACACAAAGCUCGUUUAGUUUGUGAUGACAGGUCUGAGGUCAAAGGUGUUGACUGUGAUGAAACUUUUAGUCCGGUUGUUAAACCGGCUACUAUACGCACAAUUUUGAGUGUGGAUGGGAUUGGUUAUGUGAGAAUAUUAUCUCACUUACGUACAGGUUUUCCGAUGACUGAUUUAGGUCCUCUGAAUUAUUUUUUGGGCAUUAUUGUUACUCAUACUCCUUCGUAUCUGUUUUUAUCUCAGCAAAAAUAUGCGCAGGAAAUUUUAGAGCGCGUAGGCAUGAGUAGUUGCAAACCUGCGGCGACUCCAGUGGAUACUCAAUCCAAGCCCAGUGUAGAGUCUGGACCACAGGUUCAUGAUCCAACACUUUAUCGCUGUCUUGCAGGUGCAUCACAGUAUCUGACUUUUACUCGCCCUAAUAUAGCUUAUGCAAUUCAGCAGGUCUGUUUAUUCAUGCAUGAUCCUACAGAGGCUCAUUAUGAUGCAUUGAAACGCAUCCUACAAUAUAUUUAG